CUGCACUGGCACUGCACUACACUAGCACUGCACUGCACUACACUGAUCAGUGUAGCAGUUCUGACAGAGGGGAAAAGAACGCCAUAGUACAGUGAGUAACAUGGCGCGUCACAUUGCUCGAAACUGGGAGUUAGUUGAUUCCUCAGAUGAAGAAGAAGAGAUGGUUGUAAUGUUGCAACCACCGUUAAAUAUAAAUUUUCUUUUGGAUGAAGAGGAUAACGAUUUGUUUCCAUUAAGAGUGUUACAUCCAAUUUUUCGCAUUCAAAGAAUACGCCAUAUAAAAAUACCACAUUAUGUGGAAAACAGUGCGUUCGUACAACGACAUCGACUUUUUGAUGCACUUUCGUUUAUCAAGACCAAAAACGUACGAAUUGAUUAACCAAUUUAGAGCAUCAGACAUAUAUAUUUCCCUGCAAAGUGACGGAGGACGUCCAAAAAUGACAGCGGAAAAACACAUACUCUGCUAUUUAUGGUUCACAGGGCAUGAAAGCGUAGGAUAUCGUGAUGUCGCUGACCGUUUUGAUAUCACGAUAAGCGCUCUUUAUAAUUUAAUAACAAGGGUUACGGAUUUUCUGUUGGUUCUGGCACCUACCAUCAUCACAUAUCCUACAUUGGCUGAAAAGCAGGAAACUGCUAAUUUUUUUAAUGAAAGAAAAGGAUUUCCUCAUGUAAUAGGUGCUAUUGAUGGUUGCCAUGUAAGAAUAGACAAGCCAACAGAAGAUUCUGACUCUUACAUCAAUCGCAAGCAAUAUUUUUCAUUGCACAUACAGGGUACGGUGAAUCACAAUAUGAAAUUCAUAGAUGUGUUCACCGGAUACCCUGGAUCUGUACACGAUGCAAGGGUUUUCAGAAACUCACCACUGUGUAACGAUUUGCAUGAACUGUGUACAGAUCAUUAUUUUUUAUUGGGAGACAGUGCCUACCCCUGUCUAAAGGAACUAAUUGUUCCUUAUAAAGAUAAUGGGCACCUUACUCGCGCACAGAGACAUUACAAUAGGAAACUAAGCUCUUGCCGAGUCAUCGUGGAAAACGCAUUUGGCUGAUUGAAGCAAAGGUUUCGUCAACUAUAUCACUGUAAAUUGCGAGAUACAGUACGAAUGGUUCGUGUCAUCUACGCAUGUUGUGUGCUUCACAACAUUGCCAACAUGCAGGAUUUACAAUUUUUCGAACCACCCAUGAAUGACGAUUAUCCUGACAUGGAAGUUAGAGGUCAACAUCUAGAUUUCAUUGAUGAAAUACAAAGAGACGAACAAAGUGGAGUGCGUAUUCGCGAUGAAAUAUGCCAACAACUAAACAAUCAAUAAAGAUAAAAAAUGUAUAUUGUUUAUUUAUAUAACAUACGUAUAAAAAUAUAAUAUUAAUAUAUAAAUA